CCGGAAAUACCAAUUACAAUAGCAAAGGACUGAGGAAUGCCACUUAUAUAAUCACUCACGUGAUCAGUACCGCAAACAAGCAAAAGCGUCGUUGCUUGAGGAACGCCGAUCUCUGUUUAUUCUCCUUCCAGCCCAGCUCACGAUUCUUCGACCUGGAAACGCGGCUGCUAUGAGCUUUCCACAGUGAGUCUGCUGUUGGACGACCUUAUUGAUGCCCUAGAAAUUCCGAUCUUCCGAUUUCACUUUGGUUGGGUUGCAUUUUUGCGAGUUCCCUAGCGGUGUGAAAACGUGUGGUUGACGGUGGCUGGAAGGGAUCAAAACAGACGCUAUUGCCCGUGGUUACCAACCGUCUCCCACCCAACAGCAACGGAACCAAACAUCUUGGUGUGCUGGAGCAAACCCGAAAAAAGAUGCCUCAUGAGAUGGGUAAGAACUUACGUCCACUCCCUGCAAGACCUUCACUUCCUGCCAUUGAGCUUUCCCGUUUCUCUCUUUAUACCUAGCAUGUAAUCAUCCUCUGGUGUUGGCUAACUUGCACCGUAACAGGCCGUGCCGCCUCGCAGGCCUCAAGUGCUGCAUCUCAAGCAACACAAAUAGUAGCGCCACAUAGUCGUCCUGGGACAGCAGAUCUCAUGCGAUCGCGCUCGGAAACAGUAGUAUCAAGAAAUGGUCGUCGCCCAAGGUCUAGAGGGUCUACCGCCAGUAUCCAUUCAAAUACCACCCAACAGACUCAGGACCAGCAUAUCACUGAUGGAUUCCCGCAAUUUCUCCCUGCUCAACCUGGUAGCGGCCACAGUGUCUUUGGAGGCAAUCCGGAGGAGAUCAUCAUGCGGUUUGGUCAACAACUUUCGCAUCCCGUGAACGGUUCCUCGCUAGACCCGACUCUCCAUGAUGCUCAUCACCCUGUCCUGCCAAGGGCCGAAGACUUCCCAAGUCAUGCAAUACAUGGUCACCAUCUUUCCCAUCAUUCUAUACCUUCAGGACUCCCCGGGUUGCCAUCCGUGCCGAUGCCGCAGUACCAAGCGAUGUAUGAUAGCGGAAUCGAGAACCACGUACCAGAACAUGUCCUAGAGGAGAACGAGAACUCUGAGGCUGGCGCGAAGAAGAAGAAAGGCUCAAGCUCUUCUCUUGCUAACGACAAUGAACUGCGGAAACUGCUCCGGCAAUACGAAGGGUUUUCUCUGAAGCAGAUGGCAGCGGAGGUCCUCAAACAUGAAGGCGCCGGCGGUAAGGCCGAAAAGGUCAAGCAAGUCUUUGCUAUGAUAUGGUUGAAAGAAAACUGCAGAAAAAGCAGCGGUUCUGUUCGGCGCGAUCGUGUCUACUGCUGUUACGCAGAGAAGUGUGGAACCGAACGUGUUUCCGUUUUAAACCCUGCUUCUUUUGGGAAGCUUGUGCGGAUAAUAUUUCCUAAUGUGCAGACUAGACGGCUCGGCGUCCGUGGUGAGUCGAAAUAUCACUAUGUCGACUUAACAGUCAUCGAGGAGAAACAGCAAAAGCCGCCCCCGCUGAACCCUCAAGCACCGGCCAAUGUAACCAGUUCAGUAGCGAUCCCUGAACAUAAAGUCGGCGAAGCGAUGCAGAAGAGUAUCGCACCACAACCUCCUGCGGACACUGCAGUGUUCCCUUCCCCUACCACUUCAUUCACUCCCAGAUCCUCAGGAAGUCUUCCGAGCUCAGAUUGCGGCUGUCAGGCUUCGCCUCGGUCUGGUGACCACUCCACCAUUACCCUCGAAAACGUAGCUAGCCACUCUGGAAAGAUGAUUCACCAGAUGCUCCAACUGCAAUCCACCGAAGACCCAUCCAUUGAUAACGAUGUGCUCCAGCUUCCUGACAUUAAGGACUAUCUUCCUGCCCACACGGAUUCGAAGGUUGCUGCUGCCCUGGCCGCCCUCUAUCGGACCCAUUGUAUUUCUGUCAUCGACAGCUUCCGAUACUGCAAAGAGCGGAACCUACGACAUUACUUCUCUGCCUUCCAUGGAACCCUGACUGUGCCCGUGCAGAAGCUACUGACACACCCUAACCUCGCACCGUGGAUUAAGGAAUGUGAUUGGCUUAUGUACCAGAAAAUGAUUGCAUUUGUAGCACCACUCACAACUCAGGUUGUCCCGAAGCUCGUCCUAGACACCUUUAGCUCGAUCUCGCAAAGGCUUACCGCUCAUAUUGCGGAUACAUUCAAAGCCCAACCUAUACAUGUUUCAUUAGCCAGGUUAAUACCGGCUCAUAUAUUCUGCAAUCUGCUUAGACACAUGCUCGAUGUGAAUCAGUCUGCCAAUGCCGCCGCAGCCUGGCUGUGCCAUCCUGACAACCGAAACCAAAUGUGGUUUGACUUCAAGACGUUGGUAGAUCCAAAUGAGAUGAUUUCUAAAGCGAAUAUCCCAAGCUGUGCGGAAGGGGCCACCGAACAAAUUCUAAAGCAUGAUGUUCGAGCCCUGCUCACUCCCAUCACUGAUAUGAACCCUGCCGCUGCCCAUUCGUUCUACACAAAACCUGACUCGGAAGAAAACAGUCAGGCACGCAGGUAUCCUGUGCAGUCGUCUACCGGUGACGAAUAUAACUUUCCGGAUAAGUGGAUGUCUUUUAUUCUCAAUUUACCAUUAGCGUUCCCAAAUCAUCGUACGCAAUGCAUUAUAGAGAAGGUUGAUGCGCUGUGGGAUUGCAUCCUUCGCCGAUUAACGCUAGGAGGUGCUCAGAGCUUUAGUGCUUGGUGGAUGACGAAGGUUUUUUUUCAUGAGAUGAUGCUCUGGCAGGCCGAAAAGGGGGGUUUUAUGCGCCAUACCCCGAGCACGUUACAGAGCGCCAGCUCGAGGCCAGGUCAGCAAGGACCAAAUGACCUUCUCAUGAAACAGCCCGUCUAUCCAGACCCUGUUAAGAAUAGAUCAUUUAUGGCUUCCGACACACAGCCCAUUACUGAAUCACAGCCUGGGAUAGACCAUUCCUCUGGCCCGGUCGAGAGUGUUCCUUCGGCCCGGGCUUCUCUGGACCGUCCACAGGUGGAAGCAGAAUCGCAAUCUAAUGAUGAAAAACCCACGGAGAUUUCCGAGAAUAUUGCCGGUUUCCACGCCUCAAACAAUGAUGACAGCGCGAUUGACCUUGAUGAUGAUUCGAUGCUAAUGACUGUGGGAAAAUAUGGCGAUAUGAUGGCCUCUGAUCCAGCAGAUGCUGAAGGUGAUGUUGUCGUCAUAUAAUUGACUAUACAUAUCCACUUGAUAUUUCACCUUUGCUGUUUGGAAAAACAAGAACAACCAGGUUUUCAUUUGUUUAUCGGUGGAGUUGGAUCCUCUUUUCAGGAGUAUUUUUUUUGGUUGGUGAUUAUUUACGUUCAUGUACAAGGAAGUUUCGGCGUUAGACGAUCUUCGCACGAGAGACGAGAAACGAGCAUCGAUCGAGAUACAUCAGCCUACCGCACUGCGGAUUUCUUUCAGUUGAUAAUCAUACACAUUUAAUAGCGUGGUUGAUCCCGCUCUGAGUCGCUUAUUGUUUUUUGAUGUUUUUCUCCCUGUCGGAGACUGACCUGUUGUACAUAAGUUUUGGUCAACCUGUUUGCAGAUGAUCCACAAUUUCCCUCUUC